GGUUGCACGCCGGUACGCAAUCGCGUCGUGACAUCGAUACAUCGAGUGCUGUAUCGCGGAGUGAUGUGCUAAUAUUUAUUUUGAGUUUUGGAUUUUUAAGAUUCAGUCAACAAAAUGGGACACGACGAGAAAAAAGGGACUAUAAUCCUGGACAACUUUAAUUCUACAGCUAAUUUGGCGUCGAAUCCCGGCUUUCAGUCGACGCUGAGUCUGGGCUCAAAGGAUGUCAUCAACGAAAAGGCAUACAAUCCCUUCGAGCAUCGGAGAGUGGAGCAUCCAAAUUCAACUAUCGGCUCCUUGGUGCAUUUACUCAAGUCCUCGCUUGGCUCUGGUAUCCUGGCUAUGCCUGCUGCGUUCAAAAAUGCAGGAUUGGCAAUCGGCGCCUUCGGUACUAUCAUAGUGGGCUUCAUUUGUACGCAUUGUGUUUAUGUUUUGGUAAAAACGUCGCAGCAAGUGUGCGUUGAGGCGAAAAAGCCGUCGAUGGGAUUUGCCGAAACUUGUGGAGCAGCUUUUGAAUUCGGACCUAAGAGAUUACGGCCGUGGGCUAACUUUGCUAGAACAUUCAUAGAUUACACGUUAACGUGUACGUAUUUGGCUGCACUGUGCGUAUACGUCGUGUUCAUUGCCGAAAACUUUAAAGAGGUUCUAGAUGAAUACUAUCCCCACUACAAGCUAUCAGUAGAAGCCUAUUGUGCAUUGACACUAGUUCCUUUAGUGCUCAUCUGUCAGAUUCGGAACCUCAAAUGGCUGGUACCGUUCUCAGCGGUUGCAAACGUCUUCCUGGUUAUAUGCUUCGCGAUCACCAUGUACUACAUCUUCAACGACAUGCCGAACCCGUCUGAAAGAGAGAUGGUUGCUAGCGUGACUCAGUGGCCCCUCUUUAUCAGUACAGUAAUAUUCGCGAUGGAAGGCAUCGGUGUCGUCAUGCCGGUUGAGAACGAGAUGGCCAAGCCGGAGCAGUUCCUGGGAUGCCCUGGCGUACUGAACGUUGCCAUGACCAUUGUGAUCUCCCUGUACGGACUUGUGGGCUUCUUUGGAUACAUUAAGUAUGGGGACACAGUUCGGGGCAGCGUGACUUUGAAUCUACCGCAGGACGAACUAUUAGCGCAAAGUGCCAAGAUCUUAAUGGCCCUUGCGAUACUCUUUACGUACAGUCUUCAGUUCUACGUGCCCAUGGAAAUGAUCUGGAGGCAGAUACACCAUAAAAUCGCUGUUAAAUACCACAACAUCACGCAAAUCAGCAUCAGAACACUCGCGGUUGUUGGAUCAGUUGCUCUGGCCGCAGCCUUUCCUGAUCUGGAGCUCUUCAUCAACCUUUGCGGCGCUAUCUUCCUCUCAAGUCUUGGCCUCCUAACACCGGCCAUCGUUGACACCGUCCACAAUUGGGAUAGAGGACUUGGUCCUCUGAACUGGAUCCUGUGGAAGAACAUCUUCAUAGCCUUCUUAUCGUUUAUAGCUUUAUUCGCCGGUUCGUACGUAUCCAUAAUAAGUAUGGUGGAGAAAUAUAAUUCCUCGCCCGUAGAGGCAAUGGCUGGUAAUGUUACCAUAUUGAGUACUUAAUAAAUUAAUAGGUUUGUAGAACAUUAAAGUAAGUUACAAAAAAUAAGCGAAAAAAUGCAGCUAUAGUCCCUUCACUAAACUUGUCCCCUAUAUUAUUUUGGGGACAACUUAAAGAGAAUGGGCCACGGUUAUCUUACUAACAGUCUUAUUAUUAAGAUUUCUAUGGAAUAUACUGUACAAGUACAAGUAUGUAAAUUACAUUAUAAUUCAGACGUAAAAUAACUAUACGUACUUACGUGGCUACACGUGGAAGCAUAAGGCUUUUGAAGAUAUAAAAGAAAGGCAUGGGUAUAAAGGUAAGACCUGCUAGUUUGAAAUGACUGGAAGACCCGAUUCAGUAAUAUUUAUUGACAACUGUCAAUAACACUUACUGGAAUUUUCUUCGCUCAAUGCUAUGACCGUGAUAUUUAAACGUGAAAAUUAAGAAGUCUGUGAUAACAAAGGUUUCUAACAGCGAGAAAUUUAAUCGGCUGAUGAUAAUGAUGCAUUAAUAACGUUUUACCAGACGUUAAAAUAUUACAAUAUUUUAACGUGAAUUCAGUAUAGGUCAGCAAAACCUUUUGUAGGUAUGUGAAACAUCUACUGCAGCGGGUCAGGGGCCCCAUAUCUGCUAUUAAAUAAAUAAAAAAUAAAAAAUUACAAUAACGUUUCUCUGUGGACGAUUAAUGACGUCACAGUACAAAUGAAAAAAAUAAAUUGCCACAGUUUUUGCUAAAAUAACUUUACGCUCGGUUUUCACCAGUUGUAUUGCAAAUCAAAAAGAUUUGCAAUACAACAAUUUGCAUUGCAGCAGUGGACGUAAACGAGGAUUUUUGUUUUUUAUUUAUUUAUUUCCUGCAAUAAACCAUGCUUUUCUUCUAUAUGAUAUUAUGAAGAAAUUUUUCAACAUCAACUAGGCGUCCACUAUGGC